AUGACAGAUGUAGUCCGUCAACAGCUAUCUCUCCUAAACAAUCGUUUAGGCCGACACGAACCUUUAGUGUUGGUGGUCGUCAGCGUGACCUCAACUUACAUCAUUCUGAAGGCUCACCGCUUUAUGACCAAAUCCGAAAAGUCAUUAUGGCAACGAUUUAAAAGUGCAUUCUUCUCACAACUUCGAAGACUGCCAGCGGUCAAGAAGAAGAUCGAAGCUGAAAUGGCACCGACAUUGAAGUCGAUCGAACAUUCAAUCCACGAUUGCGACGAGUCCAAAGAGUUCAUGGCCGUGAUUCCAGCUGGAGCCAAGAGUGUGGAACAAAUUGUUCAAAAAGCGGCCGAAUAUAGUAGUAUGAACAAGAAGUUUGACUACAAGACUGGCAAAAUCAGUGGAGCGAUUUAUACUGAUAUUGGAGAUGAACAACACAUCGAGGUGUUGACCAAGGUAAAUAGUCAUGUUUUUAAUUUUCUUUGGUUUUUAUUAGCUUUUAAUUUCAAAAAAAGUUUUAAAUAUUCUUUUUUUCAUUUUAAAGUUUUUCAGAUUUUCCAAACAUACGCCUUCAGUAACCCUCUCCACCCUGACAUCUUCCCAGGAGCUCGUAAAAUGGAAGCUGAAGUGGUACGAAUGGUCGCCAGCUUAUUCCACGGUGAUGAAAAGACCUGUGGUACUGUAAGUUACAUUUUAAAAAUAAUGUCAAGUAGUUCGAACAAAAUGUUGAUGUUGCGUAAUGUCAAGUAUAAUAUUUUGAGCAAUUUAUUUAUUUUCAAAAUUUCAGAUGACUUCCGGAGGCACAGAAUCCAUCUUCCUGGCUUGCUUCGCCCACCGUAACCGUGCGAAUGCCAAAGGAAUCGAAGAUCCUAUUAUUGUAGUACCAGUAACAGCUCACGCUGCCUUCGAGAAGGCUGCUCACAUUUUGGGAAUCAGAAUCCGAAAAGUGAAGGUAAAUGACGAUGGAAGAGUGUGCAUGAAGGCCUUCAGAAGCGCUGUAACUUCAGAAGCUUGUAUGUUGGUGGGAAGUGCACCAAACUUCCCAACUGGUACAGUUGACCCGAUUGAUGAGAUUGCCCAAUUGGGAGAGAAAUAUGACAUUCCAGUCCACGUUGAUGCUUGUUUGGGAGGAUUCUUGAUUCCAUUUAUGGAGGAGAAUGAUUUCAUGAUCACUGUGUUUGACUUCAGGCUUAAGGGAGUUAGCAGUAUCUCUUGUGAUACCCACAAGGUACGUAUUUAUGGAUUUUCUGUAUAAUAUGAUUACUUUAUUUAGUUUUGUCGGAUAAUAGUGCUUAUUAUAUUACAGUAUGGCUACUGCCCCAAAGGCUCCUCAACUAUCAUCUACCGUUCCACCGAAUACCUUCACCAUCAAUACUUUAGCAUCACCGACUGGCCUGGAGGCAUCUACGCUACUCCAACAUUAGCAGGUAGUCGUGCUGGUCUAAAUAUUGCCUUAACAUGGGCUACCUUGAUCUACUUUGGACGUGACCAAUAUUCAAGAAGAGCCAAGGAGAUUCUGGAGUUUGCACGGUAUUUUAGUUACAGGGUUCCCCUGAUUCCUGGACUAAAACUGGUCGGAAGCCCUGAUGUAUCAGUAGUUGCCUUCAGAUCCGACGAGUACAAUAUCUACGCUGUUGGUGAUGCUUUGAAUGCGAAGGGAUGGAAUCUGAAUGCUCUUCAGAUGCCGGACGCGUACGUUUUGAUAUAUUGUUUAUGUUGUUCUUACGUUCUUUUGGUAUUUAACUUACAGUUUGUUAUAGCAUUAUAUUGUUCUACCCAAAGCGAUAUCAUUUUAUCAUUUCUUAUUACGCUACAGUAAUCAAAGUACUAUUACAUUACAUUCCCAUUUUGUUACAGUAUCCACUUCUGUCUGACCUACAACCAGGCCAGGAAAGAAGUCAUCGACAAAUUCCUGCAAGAUCUGAAGACUAUUUGUGCGGAAGUGUCAUCACGGCCGGACAAAGGUGGCAAAUCCGACACAGCUGCCAUUUAUGGUGUGGCAGGGUCAGUACCAGACAAAAGUUUGGUAGAUGAUGUUACUUAUGCUUACCUAGACACUUGUUAUGCUGCACCAAAGAAACAUUGA